UCCUAUAGGGCGCCUAUCUAUCGUCGACUCAACACUCGAUUCGUUGAGAGCUUUGACAACAAAACACAUCUAUUUUGAUGUCUAAUCGCAUCUGAAAAGCAUUGACAGCGCCGAAGACAUCACCGAAGACACUGUGAGCAUCGCAUCGGCACGAGUGUCCGCACCCACACCGCCGCCCACGACAUGACUGAUAACUUCAACUCUCACUCUAAUGAGACCAAUGCCGCCAACUCGGAGGCCCAGCAAAUGCUGGACACCUUCUGGCACCGGGAGAUCGACAACAUCAAGAACUUGGGACAAAAUGACUUCAAGAACCAAGAGUUACCAUUGGCUCGCAUUAAGAAGAUCAUGAAAUUAGACGACGACGUGAAGAUGAUAUCAGCGGAAGCGCCGGUUCUGUUCGCAAAGGCCGCAGAAAUAUUCAUAACAGAGAUCUCAUUGAGGGCUUGGAUUCACACGGAAGACAAUAAGCGGCGGACACUGCAGAGGAAUGACAUAGCGAUGGCCAUCACGAAGUACGAUCAGUUCGACUUCCUCAUCGACAUCGUGCCCAGGGAUGAGCUCAAGCCUAACACCAAACGCCAGGAGAACGACGCCCUGCGCUCCGCAGUGACCACCACUCAGACCGUACACCCGGAUCAGGUCCAGUACUACCUGCAGUUAGCCCAACAGCACCAGCAGGCGCUCCAACACCAGGGCCCACAACAGACACAACAGAUCCAGAUCUUACAGACGGGUGCGACGGCUGGCGGUCAGCCCCAGUUCGCAGUGUCGCCGCAGUUAGUGCAGGUCCAGGUGCCCCAGCAAACCAACAACGCUGGCGGUGACGGCCAUACCGUGCAGCCAACCACUCAAGUGCUUCAGAUCCAGGCGCCGAACGCCACGUCCAACCAAAAGACGGGACAAAUACAGAUCGUGCAGAACGUGAUCAACGCCAACGGAGAGGUCGUUCAGCAACAGAUACCCAUCCAGGCUUGGAUUCACACGGAAGACAAUAAGCGGCGGACACUGCAGAGGAAUGACAUAGCGAUGGCCAUCACGAAGUACGAUCAGUUCGACUUCCUCAUCGACAUCGUGCCCAGGGAUGAGCUCAAGCCUAACACCAAACGCCAGGAGAACGACGCCCUGCGCUCCGCAGUCACCACCACUCAGACCGUACACCCGGAUCAGGUCCAGUACUACCUCCAGUUAGCCCAACAGCACCAGCAGGCGCUCCAACACCAGGGCCCACAACAGACCCAACAGAUCCAGAUCUUACAGACGGGUGCGACGGCUGGCGGUCAGCCCCAGUUCGCGGUGUCCCCGCAGUUAGUUCAGGUACAGGUGCCCCAGCAAACCAACAACGCUGGCGGUGACGGCCAUACUGUGCAGCCAACCACUCAAGUGCUUCAGAUCCAGGCGCCGAACGCCACGUCCAACCAAAAGACGGGACAAAUACAGAUCGUGCAGAACGUGAUCAACGCCAACGGAGAGGUCGUUCAGCAACAGAUACCCAUCCAGUUAUCGGCCCAACAGAUUCAGGCACUCCUUCAGGGCCAGGCGGGCGGUCAGGCCGGCGCUAAUCAGCCCAUUAUCCUAACCUCACCCCUACAACAGGCCAUGUCUAUGCCUCAGUACCAAAUAGCUACCAGUGCUGCUGGCACUCAAUUCCUGCAAACGGUGGUGUCCGGCGGCACCACUAAUGUGGCCGGAGGUCUGACCCAACAUCAGACCGACUCCUCCCCACAAUUGGACGACGAGUCCAACGAGACUUAA